AUGCAGCACGACGCAGGGCACUCUGUCGCCUCUCCUGCCUCGCCUUCCCAGCCUGCCGACAGCAAUGACCUCGUUCCGUCCUCCACGUCACUGGCCGGCCGAAAGCGAAAAGCUGGUGGCGCUGGGUCUCGUGGCGUUGCAAGCCUCACCCCCGAACAGCUUGCCAAAAAGCGUGCCAAUGAUCGAGAUGCCCAGCGCGCUAUCAGGGAGCGCACGAAGCACACUAUUGAGAACUUGGAGCGCAGGAUAGAAGAGUUGACGUCCCAACAACCGUAUCAGGAGCUGCAGGAAGUCAUCCGCCAGAAAGAUGCUAUUCAAGCCGAAAAUGAAGAGAUCCGGAGGAGGCUGGCCUCGGUCAUGUCGCUCAUCCAGCCCAUCAUUGGGGCCCAAGGCCUGACUGAUCUUGCCACUGCUGCCCAAAACAACGUCCAGGCUGGAAUAGGCCGGCAGACGCCCCAUCCUGCCUUUACACCCGCCACCAGUGCUUCCCCAAAUCCGGCCUACUUCACCACACAGCAACAUGGGAGAACAGCUUUCUCCGGGCCGCCCAGCACGACGCAUGGCCAGAUGGGAGCAUCUGCAUACCAACCCGCGUUCACGGCUGAAGGAACAGAAGAGGCCCGGUCUUGGCCUGUGUCAAGGGAUGCUCUCAGCCUCCAGCGAGACAACCUUCAGCGAGGCCUCGAGCUGAACGACAGCGGAGAGCGAGUCAAUUUCAGCUUCUUACUGGAUAGCUUCGGAUUAAGGCCGAGCAACAGCCACCUCGAUAAUCUGCAUUCUCCACAACAGUCCCCGCCAUCAAGCCAACAUCCGGCUUAUACUACAACUGCCGCCAGUCUGUCGGAGCAUUUGCAGGUCCCUGCCGCACCUUGGAGCAUCCUCCCUAAAAUCGGCCCGCCGACGUGUCCUCUCGACCGGCUCCUCCUCAACUUCCUGCACUCCCGUGAGCGCGAACCGACCAGGGCGAAUGGGACAGUUCCACCUUCAUACCCUUCCGUGUCAUCACUUCUGAAUCCAUCCGGGAAUCUUGCACUGGACCCUUUAUCCCAGUUUAUGACCGACAUCAUAUCUAAAUUUCCCGACAUCUCAGAACUGCCUAGUCAGGUAGCGACUUUGUUCUGCAUGUUCAGUCUGAUGCGGUGGCAAAUCCAUCCGACGCAAGAGAACUAUGAGCGGUUGCCCGAAUGGCUACAUCCCGUUCCCAUACAGUUAUAUACCUCACAUCCGGCCUGGAUAGAUCACCUCCCGUGGCCUCGCUUGCGCGAGAAACUCGUUGCAAAUUCGCAGGACUACCCCUUUGACAACUGGUUCAUCCCUUUCACCUCGGGCCUUAGUGUCAAUUGGCCUUACGACCCGGUCGACUGUCUCCUGAGCACGUCUGAGCAGGAUGAACCCGUCAUGAACCCGGUCUUCGAGCGACAUAUCCGUCGGCUCGAAAACUGGAGCCUGGGGUCAUUAUUUGCCGACACGUUCCCGGAGCUGGUAGAGACAACGAGGAUUUCGGACAGGGAGUCUAUGGGGAUCACGCCGAGCCUGGAGUCGCGGAAGAGGGAUAAAAGUAUUCCGUCAUCGACAGCAUGA